GUAGUAUAUAUGAUGCUGCGUUAGGCUUUAGUGCGUUCUUGUACAAGUACGUUUACAGACAGUAGAAUAAUUUAUUAACAAGAUGAAGAGAUUCAUAUUCUAUAUUUGCACUUUUGUGCUCAUUUCUUUCGCGGUUGGCUCGAAGUUUGGAUCCCGCAAUAAAAAUUACAAUACUUGCUUAACUGAAAAUGAUGUGUCUGACGACGACAUGCUAACAGCAGAAGAUAUAAUACAAGAUAAAUACAAACAAUCCGAACAUCAAGAGAAAUUAAAAAAAAACGGUUGCAUCUACCAAUGUGUGCUACAGAAAGAGGGGUUGAUGGAAGGAUCGGAAUAUGACGUAGAGAAAAUGCAUAGUGAGUUUACCAAAAGAUCUACUGCUCCAGUAGGAUCAGAAAUAUUUACAGCUUUGGAUAGUUGCAUAAAUGAAACAAAAGAUCUUACAGAAAAAUGCGAAAAAGCUUUCAGUUUAACGAAAUGCUUCUUACAAGCUGAAGAGAGAAUUUAUCCUACUCCUGGAAAUAAUGAAGAACACGAACAUAAAUCCGAAUAAUAAUUAAUUAAAAAACAAUUAAUAUAUAAUUAAUACACAAAAAUUUGCAGUUUACAACAUUUCCAAUAAAGAUACAUUUAUACAA